CAUCCAUACCCCGUCCUCAUCUGGCCUGUUUUCACAUAGUACAGGGCACAUCUUUCCUACUUCUGCUACUGUAUUUCAAGCUGCUAUUUUUGACUAUACCGCUGGCGUGGCUCAUCCUGUCUACGCCACACCAACCCUUCUCAAAGGCCCAUCACACGAAGAUUGUAUUAAGGUGGUUUCCCUCAGGAUGGCCAGAUAGCUUUGCGAGGCACUGUGAACAGCAGGGUACAUUCAAUAGACCAAGAAGAUGGAGCACUCUAUGUUUGAUGACAGCAUGGAGGUGACAUCCAACCAUCCCGAGAUCCCUGCCGAUGACGAUAUCGAGAUAGAUCUUGACAUUUACCAGGAUCGGGCAGAGAACAGUGAUAAUGAUGUUGUUGUGGAAGAUGCUUCUGCGACCGCAUCACACCAUCCUGAUAUGUCAGAGGACUAUGAUGAGCAUGCAAGGGAUGCAGAUAUGAUCGAUGAUAACUACUCGGCAGCUCAUUUACCUGAUCCUGACGACCCAUCAAAUCGAGGCAAUCGCUACGGUUAUGACGAGACCAAGUUGCCCUCUAAUCAAGAUGUGUAUGAGGGCGAGAUGGUGGAUGACUAUGAAGAAGAUAUUGAUGCCCCGAUCCCCGGAAAUUUUGACGAAGAAGAAGAAGAAGAAGGAGGAGGAGGAGGAGGAGGAGGAGAAGGUCCUUCAACCCUUACUGAUGCCCACCCCCCUGACCUAAACGAUUCUCCACCCUCCAAGUGUGACGAAGGUAUAGAAGAUCACGAAGCUCAAGAGCAGUUCUCCCCUGUCAUUUCUCAAGUAUCGUCUCCUCCACAACCUAUACACGAUGAUUCAGCGGGUCAAGAGAAUGAAGAUGUCGCUACAGGAAACCGAGAAGCUCUAAGCAUUGAUAGUCUACAAAAUUUUGGCGAUGGAAAGGCGUCUAGUAAAGCAAGCCCGGAAAUAGAAUCAAGUUUAUCCCCGCCUAAAGAGGAAGGGGAUGGAGAAGCUGUGCCCAAAGGAUCCGACCAGAUCUCUGCUCAAGAUACGACCGGGCCACCUGAGAUUGUUAACGGCAACGGCAAAGCAGAAGAUUCCGAGGCCACUGCGGCAGCAUCUGCCAAGGUAGACACUGAGAAUAUUGAUGAGCAGGAUCAAACGGACGAAAUAAGAAACAAACUUCCAGCGUCGCACCCAGCUGAAGAUAAAGAAGAUGGAGCUGAAACUGGAGAUACUGCGGAUUACAUACCCCUGCACAGAGUAACCGUUCUGUAUCAGGACAGUGAGAUGUCCCUCUUUCCGCCGAAUGAGAGCGACCCAUCGGAGAUGUACCUUUUAGAAGACGAGGAGUUAGCACAUGCUCCUCUUUAUCAACUUUUUCAGGCUUUUCGUAAAGUUCUUGGAAGCAAUGUGUCCGACGAAGACGAGUUGGUGGCUUCUAUUGACUGCCUAUAUAUUCAGCUAAGUGAAGUUGCUACUCAGUCCUCAGAAAUUAACCUAUCUCAGAUUGUGCAGCUAUAUCUCGACCUCUCCCGUAAUGAUGGCGUUGAUAACCCGGAACCUCUGUACAUAUGCCUCAGUUCGAGACCAAUUUUGGACGCUGAGUUGGCUGCCCUCCAAGCAGCAGUUGACCAGGGCAAAGGACUGUCCCAUCUCUGGGAAUGGGACGGUGUUGAAGGUCAUGAUAUUGACGGUCCAGUUGGACUUCCUGAAGUCAUUGAGGAUGGAUUUGGGAACAGUGAUAACAGUACUUCACAAGAAGAUCUAGGGUCUUCCAAGGAAAUCCCCGUUUUAGAAGAAUCUCUUUGCGAAGAAGAAGAUCGGAUCGACCACGCGGCCAUGUCUCAUGUGACUGAGGAUCAACCAGCUACCUUUGAAGAUCAGCAAAAUGACGGAAAAAGUAAAGAAACCUUAGAGUCAAGGCCAGACGAGUUUCCGGAUGAGGAAGAAUUCUCUCCUGACGUCCUGCAAGAUGGUGACGGUGAGGAGCAAGGGGAAAUUUGGGAAAAUGGUGAAAAUCAUAUCUUAGGGGAAGUUGACAGCAAUCCGCAUAAUGAUGAUGAAAAGCCGCCGGACGAGCCAGAGGCUCAGACUCUACACCUCGAUGAAGCAGAAUCGGAGGAAUUUGAAGAUGGGGAAAUUGCAUCCCAAGUAGAUGAUGACAUCCCAGCAACAGGGACGCCAGAAGACGAAAGCCAUACAACUUCCCUAUCUAAAACUCCAAUUCCUGCAGAACCUACGAGCUCUUCUGCUGCAGCAGAGGACCAGAAAGUAUUGGAAGUCAUCAACACAGAGCCUGUCCAACUUAGCUUGGAAACGGCUAGAGAUAAUAUUGAGCAAAACGAUGUCGUUGGGCCCCAUGCUACUGAAACCGGAACCCUGUUGGUCUCUGAAAAACAACCCGAAGACGUGUCCCCAGUUCGGGAUCAUGAGGUCCACGAUGUUUCCGCGUAUAUUCGGCAUUUAGAUCGGCAAAUUACCCCAGAUCCUAGCCUCAAUGCUUUUGAGAUUGACGUUGACCUUUUCAAAAGUCCUGUCGCAGAGCAGUGUGAGCUUGUAUACCCAAAGACCACAGAUGUUCGAGAUCUUGGCGAUGAGGAAUCCCUCGAAGUCGAUUUCUCACAUCAUGAAUCGCACGAAAUGGCAGCAUCCGGUGAAACUCAAGAUGACUUCGAAGACUGGGAUGUUAUAGAACAGGCCGAGGAAAAUCAAGUCCCACGUCAUGAUAAUAGUCCCAAGGCUGUGAAACGCCGUCGUGCAGACGACGAAUGCAACGACUUGGAAGCCCCAGUGCCUGAUCUAAAACGGCAUCGUUCCGAAUAACGAUAACCGCCCCAAUUCCACCGAAACCCUUUAGUCCAUACGCCAUGCACAUGAUCUAUAUGUUUAAUAACUUUGUGAUUGUAGUCCUAUACUAACCGCAUUAGUUUUAUUCUCCUACUUUGAGCGACACAGCAGCACGAAACCUGCAACAAAACUCAGGUAAGUCAACAAGUCACCCGUAUCCAUUCUCCGUUCCACGAACGGACUGCGUCGGUUUUAAAUAUUUUCCCGCUUUUAUUGGCGGAUUCAUCUCAGAAUCUCUCGCGACCACCCUCAUUUCAGCGUCGGGGGUAUUAUGCUCUUCCCAGCUCUAUUCCAUCCGAGGAACUAGCAUGCAUUGUGCCUUGUGGUAAACUGGGGCUAGGAACGCCCAGCAGCUAUCCACACAUCAAUGUUCUGGGACCACUCAAGUCUCUAUAUGUCGCCACUUCCUAUGACGGACUGCCAUGGUGACGUCGUCUCACCAUCUGGCUCGAGAUCAUGGGUCUUUGGGUUAUCGUUGUUGUGCCUCUCUUUCCAUUUUAUGGGCAUCCGCCAGAUCCCAUAUGCACGCGCUGGUCAAAAGAAUGGACCGUUUUAACUUUUCGAGGGUGUGUUUGAUUACAUUACUGGCUCAAGCCUAUUUGCAAACCUUGUCCAUGCUCAUGCUGGUAUAUCCAAACGGUUGAGAUGGGGUAACUUCAAAGGCGAGGCCUAUUAACAGGCAAGAUAUUGCAAAUUUAUCUCAUUCCAUUUCUCUGCUUCAAGCUAAUUCGAACCUUGCAAUGUGUCUGCUUGAGUAUUUUUGCAUGUAUGAUUGUUUGCUAUUGCCACCAUAGGCAUCCAGCACUCAGUCAGAGUAUUUUGUUUCGCAUGAGUCCCUCAAGAUUCCGAGCGUGUUUAUAUUCCGUUGGUCCUAUCACUGUGCUUCCCCCCAUGUUGUUCAGUUCCAUGUUCUCAGCAAUCAUGCAUCAGACGGUUCUUUGUACCAUAGUCACUUUUUAGGAGCUUGUUUUAAGUAAGGCUAACAAUGCAGAAAGCUUUAUUACUUUCA